CGGUCGUCACUUUACACCGGAUGAUUACAACCACGAUACCGUGCUAAUGCAACGGUUUGGAGGCAGCACGAAGAAUUUUCACCUCAGAGGCGAGGCCCUACCGUCUUUGUUCCUUCCCGUUGCAAAGGGUCAUACACCACCUCGGGAAAGCGUGACAGAUCGUGUCGAUGUAUUGAAAACCUCCGCCAGCCAGACAGCCACAAGAAAAACCACAAGAACAGUGGAAACCCAGACGACACCAGAAUGCCAGUCUGUUGCCACGCAGGUGCAAAUGACCAUGAAAAUCAUGGUUUCCACAGCGACACAGACGAAGCAUCCCUCCACCACACAAAGUGCAGUGCUGAAUCAGCGUGAAGCUGCAUGCCCUGAAGCCCAAAGAGACACUGCAAUACAAGUCACCCCACUACCAUUGCUCCCAGCAGACUUCAGACCUCUCCGUGGUUCAACGCCUGUGCCAAUGGAGAUGGAUGACUCUUGUGCAGGUGAUGAAGACGAGCCAGCAGCUCAAGAAGACACCAGCUAUGUGCCAUCAUUCAGCGAGAGCUUCUUCAGUGCUCACCAUGAGAGUUCAGAAGUCCCCACAAGGGUAGAAGAGCCCUUGCACACUGAACGAAAGUUCAUUGUCUUUGAGAGCUGCCUGCGGGAAUUGCUCACCACCUGCAAGGUCUGUGGCCAAGCAGUAGGCGACAUCAGCUCCAAGGUUGUGGGCACUUUGCUCAUAGUGGAGGGCAUGUGUGACAAAGAACACAUGCUCCAGUGGAGGAGCCAGCCACUUGUUCGUGGGAGUGGAGCUGGAAACAUUCUUCUGGCAGCAGGAGUGCUAUUUUCUGGCUGUGCAGUGGCUGCGACCUUGAGGUGCCUAAAUUCUAUCGGCGUGCAGACCAUCACAGAACGGACCUUCUACAACUACCAGAGGGCCUACUUGCUGCCUGCCAUAAACGAGCUUUUCCACCGUAAGCAAGCUGAAAUGGCCAGUGAGCUUGCUGGCUUGCAAGUCGACCUGGCAGGUGACGGGCGCUGUGACUCUCCAGGCUACAGUGCCAAGUACAUGACAUACAGUGUGCUUUCUAUGCAGAAUGGCUGCAUUUUGCACACAGAACAAGUGCAAGUUGGAGAGUCGCCUGAAGUCCCUAACAGUGUUUCUAUGGAAAAACAAGGGCUUGCCAAGUGCUUGAUGGGUGUCGAGAAGCUGGGCAUCAGGAUACGUUCGCUGACAACAGACCGACAUCCUGGUGUCAACCGGUACUGCCGCGUGGAGAAGCCAGAGAUUAAGCACUGGUUUGAUACUUGGCAUGUUGCUAAAGGUCUGAAAAAAAAGCUCCUGGCUGCUAGCCGCACACAUCAAGUUAUCACACCUUGGAUCCAAAGCAUCCUAAACCACCUCUACUGGGUGGCUGCCAUGGGCCAAGGUGAUGGUGAGCUUGUCAUCAGCAUGUGGAGAAGCCUGCUCAACCACGUGUGCAACAAACACGAUGGCCAUGAUGGGCCCUACAAAAAAUGCCUCCAUGACUCCCUUGACGACAGGGAAUGGUUGAGACCAGCAUCACCUGCAUUUCUUCGUCUCAAAACCAUUGUCGACAAUGCGAGACUACUGAAGGAUAUCCGCCGGCUCUCUCCUGAGGUGCAAACGUUUUCAUUGGAGUCCUUCCACAGCGUGCUGAAUCGGUUUGCUCCAAAGUCCAAUGCCUUCUCAGUGGACGGAAUGCAAGAGAGAACGAGGCUCGCUGUGCUGCACUUCAACGAGAAUGCUGCACGGCACCAAGCACUCACUCAGGAUGGAGAGCAGCGGUGGAAGAUUAAAUCUUCCAAGGCAAGGCGAGGCCACUUCACUGUGACUACAGUGAAAGAGGACCCAAGCUACGGAUACGUUGAUGACCUCAUGCAAGAUGUGGUCGAGCGCUGCGAACAUUCUUCAUAUAAGGAGAGCUUUCUGAGCUGUGAAAAGUCUCCACCGUGCUACAUGUCACUUGGUUUUGAAAGACCAUCAAAGCAGGAGCUCAUCGCACAAAGGCGCACUCGCUUCCCAGUGGCAUCAACAUUAAGCAAUAGCAGCUAGACAGCCACCACAGUUUGUGUGAACUGGGCUAAUGCACUCAGACAGCCAUAAAGAACUUGGCGUGUCAAGAGAGCUUUGGAGACCACAUGACAGUACAAUUCAAGUGUACACACACAUCCGCAAUGCAGUCACAAUGAUUUAUUUGAACCACACCAACGCCUCCGUGGUCAAGUAUGCGCUGGUCUGUUGAGAGUACACACAUGAAGAGAACCACUUGGCUAAACGAAGUCAGGUAGCCACCUUUCCUUGGGACAGCAUGAAAGACUUGGCAUUUCAAGGGAGCUUUGCAGACCACUGCAUUGGCUGUGCGCCAUAUUUAGGCCAGCAACGCUGCCUGGCGGGCACCACAUGGCCUGAUGCUAUAUUGCUGCGACCCCCACUGCAUUGAGCCAUGAUAGUGAUGACAAAGACGAUCAGAUGCCAGCAACGUCGCACAUACUUUCCGCAAAGAAAUCCUGCAGGCUUGCCCCGACAAAGCCCCCUCACGACACCUCGGCUACACAAGGACAUUGGCACGAGUCAAAAACAAAUAUUACUGGCCAAAGCAUGCAGCCGAUGUGAAGCAUUACAUCAGAACUUGCCUUGACUGUCAGUGACGCAAAGUACAACCCACUAAACCCGCUGGGCUCUUACACCACGUUGCAGUGCCGGUGUUGCCGUUUGCGCAAAUUGGAAUGCACCUUCUAGGCCCAUUUCUGACAUCUGCCAGCAGAAAUAAAUGGGUCAUAGUUGCGACAGACUACCUCACGAGGUACACAGAAGCCAAGGCACUUCCGAGUGACAUGGCAGCUGAAGUGGCAUAACGUUUCAUUGAGAACAUCGUCAUAAGACAUGGUGCUACAGCUGUCAUAACAGACAGAGGAACCGCUUUCACAGCUGAGCUUUUGAGAAGUGUGCUCAGGCUCAGCGGCAAGGCCCAUAGGAGGACAACAGCCUACCAUCCUCAAACAAAUGGGCUUACAGAACGACUCAACAAGACCCUCGCUGACAUGCUCUGUAUGUACGUCAAUGUGGAACACAAGAAUUGGGACAAUAUACUGCCAUAUGUCACAUUUUCGUAUGAUACGACACGGCAGGAAACAACAAGAACGACGCCAUUCGGUCCUCUCCACGGUCGAGAAGUAACGACGAUGCUUGAUGCCAUGCUGCCCCAUAAUUGUGGCGAUACAGAAGAUGACGCUACCGAUUUUACAGAGCGCGCCGAAGAAGCCAUACAGCUCGCACGUGUCUGAAUAACCAGCCAGCAAGAUUGUCCUUAGAAUGGUGUCAGAAUUGGGAUGCCUGCGGGGUUCCCAGAAUAUGAGCUAGUAUGGACGCAUUGCCUCCUUUGGAAUGCCUCGUGUUGCCUGAGAACGCAGCAGACAGCUGGAAGAAGUUUCAGCGAUUCCUACUUGAAGGAAACUGGGAAGGAGCGAACAAUGCAGAGAAAGCUGCCAUUAUACUUCACUUAGCAGGCCAAGAAGUCAUUGAUGUCUUCAAUACUUUUCAGUUCACACCAGCUGAACAGGAUGACUAUGAUGCACUAGUUCACCGGUUCAAUGCAUACUGCGAACCGCAACGUAACGAAACAUUUGAAAAGCAUGCUCUCUGCACGCGGAUGCAACAUGAGGGUGAACUGUUUGAGCAAUCUUCACGCAAUGUGCAGCUGGAAGCACAAUCAUGUAAUUUUGGUGAACCGAAGGACUUCAUGGUGCGCGACCAGCUUGACUGUGGCACCACAGACAAAAAGCUAAGAGCACGCUUGUUGCACGAAAAGGAGCUGACAUCAGACAAGGCCAUUGAUUUCUGCAAGGCGGCUGAGAUGCAUUAAGCCAGGCUUGUGUUUAGGACCAUGACGAUACCUCCACUGCCAUUGACGGAAUCGCCAAGGGAUGAGACAUUGUAAAGAAAAGUAGACCUCUGCAUUGCUGUUGGUUCUGCGACAGAAGCCACCCACUAAAGUGGUGCCCGGUGUGGGGAAACACUUGUGGAAUCUGCCAAAGGCCAAGCCACUUAGCUGCUUGCUGUAGAUCGUGCCGAAAUGUGCAAGAGGUGGAGCGACCAAACAAGGAUACCAAAAAAAUGACUUCCUAUUCCUGGCAGUUGAAAUAGCCGGCAUCUACAGCUCAGAUGACAGGUUGGUGACUGCAGAGGAUGGCAACAAGGGAAUCAAUGUCAAAGUGGACACAAGAGGUCAGCUGAAUCUCUUGCCAUUCUCGCUAUACCAAAGAUUGAAAGCGACCUCUAUGUCCGAUUAACACUUGCUGAUGAGUUUUGGUGUCAUACAGCACUUGGGGACAGUUACGUUGACGCUUAAGUGGACUCUUUGUGGAAGCCCACAGUUUACUUAUCAUGUAGAAAGGGAAACAGGCACUGCUCAGGUUGGCUGCAUGCGAAACGUUUUGACUGGUGCAGCGUGUUCACAAUGUGUCAGCCUGCAAGAACCCGAAGCAAUGGAUCAGUGACAAAUUCUUGAAGCUGUUCAUUGGCACUGGACACUCCAAGUAUACGUACUCGAUCAAUUUGGGAGACGGCGCUGGACCAGUUGCUAUGCCCGUGAGGAGAGUGCCUCAACCAUUCAAGAAAGCCAUGUGUACUGAUGGACGAGCUUGGCCUGACUGUACUCGACGAACCGGCUUCAUACACCAGGAUCGGACAGGGAGUGUGCCGCGACACAUCCCCUGACCUCUCUGUCUGGUCGGGCACGGACGUGGUCACUUGGUCGAACUCUUUCGAGGACCUGGGGAGUGAACACAGAAUCCUGUGUGCGACCGUGGGAGAGAGUGAAAGCGAGGAGGACAUCUGCCGAAAGGCAAGAAUCGUGGACUGGGAUAGAUUCCGGAAAAAUAGAGAACGAGACAAGAAGGAGGGCCCGAUUGAAGACAUCAGCGAAUGGUGCAGAGAACUACUUGCGGACGUAGCGAAAGCCACCGAUGAGAUCGAAUGGACGGAUUGGCGACAAGAAUCCCCCAAAGAAGGAGGAGACAGAUCCCGGGGAGCUGGGAACGACGACGCUCCCCAACCGUCCAGAGUGGACAGCCGGCUGGCACAUCUCCUUGCGGCCAAUAAAUCCAUGCAACGGAGAGCGAGUAAGCAAAAACUCAAGAGGAAGAUACGCAAGAUCGCCGAAAUCAACCGGGAGAUCGAGAUGCAUUGCGGCCGCCUGUGCGAGCAAGAAUGGCAGGAGCUGUGUGACACGAUGAACGGGAACAUGAGCGCGGGACGCACCUGGAAGGUUCUCGGGCACCUGCUCGACCCGGAAAGCACCAGAACGGCGACCCGUACAGAGGCUGUCGGGCACCAAAAUGGGAAGACAAAUCCUCGACCUGCUCGGGAUUCGAUAUCAUGAGGCGGGGGGACUGAAGGAAACACUGCUACCGGAAGUCAGGGACGCCAUACAGAUGGAAUACAUGCCGAAGAACAUGCACCCGGCGCAUGACGUGGAAAGACGUAAACGAAGGGCGGCAGCUAUCCUCGAGGAGCACGAAAGACGAGAAGGCGUCCUCUUCGUCGAUGCAGCCAGGUACCCGCGGCCCGCCGGUAACGUUGAUGGCGAAGAGGGACGACGACCACCAUCGCCACUACAACGAAAUGUGCGAGACGAACCGGGGAUGCCAACACCACCAUCACUACUACUAAUACGACAAAAACGGCAGCAGCAACAGCAGCAACAUCAACGACACGGCUGGCCGACGGCGGCGGAGCCCGCCUUCUCCAUGGCGGUCGUAGAUACGAAGGGAAGGAUUCGAGUCACGGCAUCAGCGAGGCUGCCGUCGGCCGAAGCAGCGGAGGAGAUGGCCAUAGCCCUCGCGGUACUCCACGGAGGUACGGAGGAUAGCUUGAUCAUAAGCGACUCCAAAUCAGCGAUCCGGAACUACACCAAAGGUUGGGUGUCCGCGGAUGUGGCGCGCAUGCUCACCGCCAAAGCCGGGGACUUCAUGUCCGGCACGAUUACGAACAAGUCCCUCAAUGGUUCCCCGCACACGUCGGGGAGCUUGGUACUAAAGAAGACAACAGCCGCGACGACAACAAUACUAACGUAAACACACCGGCAUCCCGCCCAACCACAACGAGCGUGCCCAUCUCGUCGCGAGGCAACUUACCCGCCGCGACGCGAUCACCCAGAGGGCAGCCGCCAUUGUUGUGCGGAACCCCAGCAGAGGAAUUACCAACACAACCCAAAUCGCGUCGGACGGAGCUGGGGGCCAUGGGGACGCCGACUGCGAUAUCGAGGAGUUUCUGGCCUCGUACCGAGAGGUUCUUGAACACUACAGGAAAGAACGUAUGACAUAUCCACAACCCCACGGGCAGCUGGACAGGUCCCAGGCAGUCGACCUGAGGCGGUUGCAGACGGGCACUUUCACCAACCCCUACCACCUGCACCGCCUGUGGCCCGGGCUGCACCCGUCGCCCGGCUGCCCGUGGUGCGAGCACGAACGGGCUGGUAUGGCCCGUAUACUUUGGGAAUGUCAACGCCCUGAAGAAGGACCAAGAGGAAGGGGGAAGAUAACAGCAGGACCCUCUGAAGCGGGGCGCCUCGAUAAGAGAUGGCAAGCCGCCCUCCUCAGCGAGGCACCCGAGGACCAGGAGUGGGCCGUCCAGCGGGCCAGGGCCAUUGCCGAGGAUCUCGAAAGAUUUUUCUCCGGCGAUGGACCCCUGGUAGCCUAGCCCCGGGCACCAACAGCCAUAACCGCUGGACAAAUAAAGUUUAUUCCUAUCCUAUCCUACUGAGUUGUAGCGAAUGGAGGCGGAAGGCAUCAUAGCCAAAACCGAAACCCAAUUGGACUGAGUGAAUGCACUGGUCACAGUAAGGAGAAAAGAUGGGAGAUUGAGAGUGCGGAUGGAUCCGCGUCAUGUCAAUGAGUGCAUUAAAAGGGGGCAGUUCUACCGUUCCAAGCAAAGAGGACACUGAAGCAGAAUUAGCAGGUGCCAGCUUUUUCACCAAGUUAGACGCCAACCAAGGUUUCUCUCAGAUUCCCCUGGACAACUGUGCCUCGAAAGUGGGCACCUUCAGCACACUGUUCGCCAGGUACUGCUUUCUUUGACUUCCAUUUGGUAUAAGCGCCACCCCAGAACCAUUUCACAUGACCAUAAGCCAAGUGCUAGGUAACCUGCAGGACAUCCAUGUGUAUGUAUAUAUAUAUAUUGACGUCCUAGUGUGUGGCGCAACUAAGCAAGAGUGUGAUGCUCGGCUCCGUGCUUGGUGCAAUCCAAGAUGCAGUCCUCACUUUACACUGAGAAGUGCGUAUAUAUAGUGGGGUUGGUGAAGUUGAAUUCCUCGCUGACCCGAUUUCCAGGAAUGCGAAUAGGCCGUACAAGUUUGAUUCAUUCCGUCUCCAACUUGCCUAUGGCCACAUGCAAGGAGGAUGUUCAGAGGCUCUUGCUAUCAGCUAGUUCAGAAAAUGUCACCUCAACCUCUCAGACUGCGCUAACUGGUCAAACAAGAAAGGGAGUUAGAAUGGAACGAGGCUGGCAAGAAAUAGUGGCGGGAAUCAGUGUGUAAUGCUUAAGUCGUUUUAUGCAUUGAAGCAUAAAAGUAACUGGAAUGCCAGUGGAUUUCUCCGCAAAGUUCGGGAAAUAAUAUCUCGAAACUGGUGUCAUCCUGACAACUUGUUUCAAGUGGAUCCGGAUUGAGAACUCCAUGGCUAGGAUUUGUAAAUAGCAAUAUGGGCCAUAAGGUAAUUAGUUAAAAACUUAAUUAGGGAAUUUGUUUAGUUAGUGAAAUAUGCAAUUUAAUUUUUUUUGUGCAAGUAAUGUCCGCCUCUUCGAGUAGACCCGCUCAUGAAGUAUGAUUGUGCUAACUGCCACAGGCGACCUUUAAAAAUUUUUGAAAGUGUUCGCUGAACCAUCCAGUAAAUGAGAAAUUUUACCCGGAAGACUGCAACCUGUGGCAAGGUUAUCUGAACUCAACCUCUUGCUUUGUGCUUGUUUUGUUCUUUCUUAGAACGGAAGAUCCAUCAGCUGUGUUCCACAUCUAGGCCAGCAGACUGCCCCACGAGCAACACAUGACCCAAGACUAUAUAUUGUCCUUGCAAAUAAAUUGCGCCUUUUUUGGUCCAUGCUAUGAAGUGUGUCGCGUCAGUCCUUUGCAACCACAUGACGGCCUCAUGAGGAUACGUGUGGGCACCUCAUUGACUCUGGCUGCUCGGGCCACGUAGACAGGUGGUGCUCAGGCAUCCCCUGCAUCCUGCGCUUUCUGUCGCACAGCUGCUACGGAGGGAACACUAGACUGCAUCUCUCAGAAGCUGUCCGGGCCUUCAGACAGUCCAUGCGUGCCAUCUACGUAGCCUGGGCCAACAACUCGGCCGUCCGCCUGACUUUUGCCAAUGGACACACGGUCCUUUGUUUAUGUUUAUGCCACUCCUGCAUGUAACCCUGGAAAGAGGCCUUAUUAUGUUCAUGAAUUUAUGCCGCAGGGCGUACUUGCACAAUAAAAAAAGUGUUGAGACACUCCCGCAACACACUAACACCCGUCUGGUGAAAUGUGCCCCACUCUGUUCCGAGCAGGCAAGCGAAGAGAACUACUUGGCUAAUGCAGUCAGGCAGCCACCUUUCCUUGGGGCAGCAUCAAAGACUUGACCAAGCC